AUGUCGAGUGACCAUUCGAGUAAUUACUUAAGUAAUAAAGAUCUAACGAGUACCGCUGAGAUGAGCCCGAAUAAUUCCGAGACUGGAAUAGUAAUAAAUAGUAGUGAUAAACGAGGACGUAUUAAUGAAGAAACAGUCAGUGGUAAAUGCAGUAAGUCAACGCAAAUCGAUUUUUGGCAGAUGAAUUGGAGACAAACGCCAAGUUAUAAUCAAGUCUCGAGAAAUAGGCCACUUUCAGCUGGAUUUUUAUCUAAAUCACACUUAUACAGCAAUUCUAAUUGCUCUAUUGGCAAUAGUUCCAAAAGUUUAUUGUAUUCUUCCCAAAGUGAAGUUACUUUGUCGCCAUUAAAGUCUCCGAAAGUUGGUAAUAAUAAUAAUUCCGGUAAAUUUGUUGCAAUAGAUAUUGCUAAAAUAUCUAAUUCACCUUUCACUACUACUUCGUCAUACUCAACCAAUAAUUUGUCUGCUAAUCAUUCUUAUUGUGCUAAUUGCUGUAAUUGUAAUUAUAAUAAUGGAAUGUCUAGUCAUUCACCAAAUUUACAACAAAAUGAAUCGGAAGGUCCUCAAGGGUUAUCGUGGCGAAGACUUCAUAUGAGUCGAGCUAAACUAAAAGCUACUGCUACUACUUCAGAAUUACUCACAAUGGUUGAACUUCAAAUAAACGAACCGACAGAAGUUCCUGAAUGGCUUUUUGUAAUGUUCGCUGUCUGUACAACAGUAUUAGUAUCCGUACAUAUUUUUGCAUUAAUGAUAAGCACUUAUUUAUUACCAAACAUUGAAGCUAUUAGUAAACUUCAAAUAUCACGUUUAAUAACGGAGUCGCCUCAUGAACGAAUGAGAGGGUUUAUUGAAUUAGCCUGGGCAUUUUCAACGGUCCUUGGACUAUUUCUAUUUCUCGUUGAAAUUGCAAUAUUGUGCUGGGUUAAAUUUUGGGAUUAUUCAUUUAUGGCCGCGAUGGCUAGUACCAUUAUUGUAAUUCCUGUAUUAAUUGUAUUUGUUGCGUUUGCCGUACAUUUUUAUCACUCAUUAGUUGUUUUCAAGUGCGAAGCGUCUGUGACUGAUAUGGAAGAACUAGAGAGUAUUAAAAAACAUUUAGAUAAUGUUGCUGUUAAUCAAAGUUCUGUUUGA